AUAUUCGAGACGCAUGCGCCGAGUGCACGAUUUCUCCCCCUCCGGCUAUCCUGCAAACGUGGCCCGGAAACUAAUCGGAAUCAAAGAAUGCAUCCUGAUUGGGGAUUGGGUGCCGAGGUCGGAGGCAAAGGAAAAAAGGACACUCACGAAGAAGCACCCCGUGCGUGUUUCCCGGUUGUUGCCUCUUGGACUAUGCUCAUGGGUUGAUUGGCAUAGCGUGGUGGGGGUUUAUGUGUUCAUGCGAUUGAUCUUGCUUUUCAAGUUUCGGAGGAAAACUUCGAAGUUGGUUUCUGGGUAUUAGGGUUUUUGGCGUGUGGAUUGAGAGAAGGAACACGAUGAAUGGGCAACGGAGGGUGAAGUAUACACGCCCCACGACGAGGAAUGAAGAUUCUGGGGCAGUUUGCGGGGCAUGGGCACCUCGGGCAGGGAGUGUGACAGAUUCCCCGUCGGCUCUUGUCCUCUUGGGCCGGGAUGAUGAAGAAUGGUCGAAGGCAAUCACCCUUCGGGAGUAUAAUUUCGAUUCUGACACCAUCUCCGACAUUAUUUAUUCGAUCUCUCCAGAAGACGGUCUUCCCUUGCGACUUGCAGUGCAUCCAAGUGGAGAUGGAGUAAUCUGUUUUUUUGCAAAUAGUUGCAAGUUCUUUGAAAUAAAUCCCAAGGGUGCAUGUAAGCUUAAAGCUUCUGAGCGCGAGCUUCCUCUUUUACAGGGGCUUGGAAUCCAGAACUGCAUAUGUUUUAGCGGAGAUGGCUCCUUGUUAGCCACAGGUGGCAAGGAUGGUCAUCUUCGAAUUUUUGCUUGGCCCAGUUGCGAGAUUGCACUCGAUGAAUCUCAGUCACAUCGUUCAAUUCAAGAUAUUGAUUUUAGUUUGGAUUCAGGAUAUUUGGCAUCUACUGGUGAGGAAGGUGCUUGUCGUGUGUGGAACAUUGUAGAACUAGAAUCCUUGGUUCGGUUGGAGCGUGAGAAGGAUGAGAAAUUUGGUUACUGCAGGUUUUCACGUGAUGGAACACAAGCCUUCUUAUUUGUUUCAAUUACGAGGGGUAAAAGGGGCUAUGUUGGAGUAUGGAAUAUGAUGGAUUGGAGCAAACUUGGCUUAAAAAAGUUAGCUGAUGCCUCCAUUUCAGCUCUGGCCAUUUCUCGAGAUGGAAAAUCUCUGGGCUUGGGGACUAUAGAAGGUGAUGUAGCUGUAGUGCUAGUAAGGAGAAUGGAAGUAACUCAGCUAAUUGGAAGCGCCCACAGCUUAUCUGUUACGGGAUUGGAGUUUUCCAAACACGGAAGGUCACUAUUAUCAUUAGGAGCAGAUUCUUCUGCUCGGGUUAGUCGCUUGAAAAAGUUCGAAUGGAAAGAAUGGCAGUUAUACGCGAUGCUCCUUGGAAUGAUCGCAUUUUCAGGGCUGCUCUUCCUGCUCUUCUUUCAAUCGUCACUCUCGGAUGAUUUUUGGCAGUUUCCAAUGGGGCGAGAGCAGCCUGCUCGUCCCCCUCGAGAAGCAAUUUGGGGUCACCCAGGUAGCUUAGAUGAGUCAUAUGGCUUAUAGAAAGGUUUCGGGUUUUCAUGUAAAGGGCUGUAUAGGUGUGAACGAUAUGAUUUUCAACAUCUCAAAGCAUGCUUCUGGUUGUCCUUAGUGUCUCAAAAAGAGUAGUAAAGGCGACCGUGUAUGCUCGUGUUGCCAAACUGAUCAAUAUCCCUUCAUUUAUUUAUCAGGGGACAAACGCAUUUGAUUUUUUACGUACCAAGUAGUCCUCAUCACCGUCCAGUUCUGUGAAUGUCUUGUUACUGCAGGAUCAGUCUGUGUUACGUCCUUCCAUGUUCAGUAUACAAUACAAGCGGACAGAAUAAAAGGGGAAGGCUUAUCUAAUCUU